UUGGCGAUGUUAAUGUAACGAGCAUUGCGGAGUCGCCCGGACUAGAUUGGCUAUGGACUUGCAUCCUAUCAAGCUUAAUUAGUAUGCGCCGCCCGGACCCGAAUGCAAGCGGUCGCGUGAAAUUGUGAAAUUCGAGAUGAGUCGAUGAGGCGCAAUUGUUUGGUAUAAAAGCCCGCGGCGAAAACGAUUUGUUAUCAGUUAAUCAAAUCACUUCAAGCCACAUCAAUCACAAGCAAUACAAUGGCAUCUAAGUUGGUGAUUCUAAUCGUGGCUAUCACGGCAACUCGCUUUGCAUCCUCGGCUCCAGCCGCUGCGAUUGUUCCGGUUGCUGCUGCACCAGUGGCACAUGUAGCUGUUUCUGCGAAAUUGGCUGAGAGUGAAUUUGAUCCCGCACCGCAGUAUAGUUUCGCCUACGAUGUCCAGGAUACCCUCACCGGGGACUUCAAAUCGCAGAUUGAGAACCGCAAUGGUGACAUCGUCCAGGGACAGUACUCCCUCAUCGAACCUGAUGGCACCAAGCGCAUUGUGGAUUACACUGCUGACCCUGUCAACGGAUUCAACGCUGUUGUCAGUCGUGCUGCUCCAGUUGCACCAGUGGUAGCUGCCCCGGUAGCACCUGCCCCGGUUAGGAUCGCUGCACCGGUGCCAGCUGCUCGUGUUCUGGCACCAGCUCCGGUUGUUGCCAAAAUUGCUACUGCGCCCCAUUUUCAUGCUCAGAGAUUAGUUGCUCCAGCUUCACAUGCGCAUCUUGUGGCUGCACCAGCACCAGUCGCCUACACUGCUCCGCAUGCUCAUCUUGUGCGACAACCCGUGGGUUUUGCAUCGCCCUAUGUAACAGUCGUCUAAAAUGCAAAUUACAUAAUGCCUCCUCCAUUAUGUAAUGUAAUACAAUUGCAGCAACUAUUCUGAUUUUGAUCAAUGUGUAUAUAUGUAUGAAUACCUUUAAUAUGAAAUAAAACUGUGUAAUGUA